AUGAAGGUGGUGCUGCUGGCGGUGCUGUUGGUGUUGGCGGCGUGGGCAGAUACGGCCCAGGCCCAGAAAGCUCUGAGACUCUGUGGCCGAGAGUUUUUUCGGGCGGUCGUGUACACGUGCGGGGGUUCCAGAUGGAGGCGGUUCCAAACCGAGGACCCCUUAAAUGAAGUUCAUUCUGGAUUGGGCAGAGGGAAAGCCAAUCAGGAUGUAGAUUUCAUGUUCGUGCUUCCAUUUCGAGGGAUCAACUUGGUUAAAGAGCAGCGGUAUAGUCUUCACAAACUUCUUCUGACCGUCUACCCCGAGCUUCAAUAUCUGGAUUCAAAGAUUUAUGCAGAGUGUAAAGUUGUGUUCAUCUUUGAUGGUUUGGAUGAAAGCAGAAUUUCACUCUUUUCAGACACUGACACAGUUUCUGAUGUGAACGAGGUUUCAUCAGUGGGUGUGCUGAUACCAGCAGCAGCCAGUCAGAUCCCCUCACAAUACAUCAACCGUGUGACUGAAAUUCAGGGAUUCAAUGACUCUCAGAAGGAACAGUAUUUCAGAAAGAGAAUCAGCGACAAGCAUCAAUCAGCUGACUGCCCCCUCAGAGAGCUGGACUUGAGUAACAAUGACCUGCGGGAUUCAGGAGUGAAGCUGCUCUGUGAUGGACUGAAGAAUCCUAACUGUCAACUAGAAAUACUCAGAUUGUCUGGCUGUAUGGUGACAGAGGAAGGGUGCUCAUACUUGACAUCAGCUCUGAGUUCAAACCCCUCACACCUGAGAGAGCUGGAUCUGAGCUACAGUCACCCAGGAGAUUCAGGACUGAAGUUGCUCUCAGAUCUACUGCAGGAUCCAAACAUCAAGUUGGAGAAACUGAAGCACCUAAUCACACCUGGUCUUUGGAAAUAUUCAAGUGCUAUCACAUUGGAUCCAAACACGGCACACACUCAGCUCAUCCUGUCUGAGGGCUACACAAAAGUGACAUAUGUGAAGGAGAAGCAAUCGUAUCCUGACCAUCCAGAGAGAUUUGAGAGCUUUGAGCAGGUUCUGAGCAGAGAGAGCCUGUCUGGACGCUGUUACUUGGAGGCUGAAUGGAGCGGACAGGCUGUUAUAGCUGUGUCGUAUAAAGAAAUCAGCAGGAAAGGAGGAAGAGAAUGUCGGUUUGGACUCAAUGACAAGUCUUGGAUUCUGUUCAGCUCUGAUAACAGAUUUACUGCCUGUCAUAAUAAUAAGAGGAGGGACGUACCUGCCCCUUCACCUCUGUCUACUAGAGUCGGCCUGUUUGUAGACUGGCUGGGUGGCUUUCUGUCCUUCUACAGCGUCUCUGACACACUCACACACUUACACACAUUUUACUGCACUUUCACUGAGCCUCUCUAUGCAGGCUUUUUACUCGACUUGGGAUCCUCAGCAUCUCUGUACCUGUCGGGAACAACAGGGACAACCGACACACAACUGGCCCUUAGUGACUUCAUUUGA